AUGGAAAAGAACAUCUGCUAUCGGCAACGAAGGAGAAAAGAAGUCGUCUACGACGAUUGCGUACUCGAGGACUCCCUGUCCCAAGGUGACUGGCACAUCGAGGAGGACCCAAACGUGGACUACGAGAUGCUGCUCAGAGGAUUACGAGCCUGUGCUGAACGUGCCUCGAAGUCGCGCACGACAAACUUGGAUCGAAUUUCGAAGACCACCAAGGAAUUGUUAGGAAGAAGAAGGGCUUUGAGGCUUGAUCCGAAUGCAUCGCACAUUGAGCGGCAGAAGAAGAUUCUAGAAGCAGCACAAAGAAGAACGAGUCUAAAGAAGUGCCGCAGGGACCUCCGCGAAUAUAAUAUUCCGCUAGCAACCUUGCUGAGCGAAGACGGGACUCGCACGUCUUCUCGUCGUGAGAUGGAAAUCAUUACGGAGAGGUUCUACUCGAACCUUUUCCGUUCAUCAACUCCUGUGUCAAGCCCAAUCAUCCCCACUGGCGAUGCUCCACCACGGAUUCUCCCUUCGGAAGUACGAGUCGCUAUCAAGAGCAUGAAACCUGGCACAGCCCCCGGACCUGAUUUUAUAUCAGCAGACUUUCUUCGGGCUGGUGGCCAUCCGCUUCAUGUAAUCUUAGCAGCGCACAUGACAUCCUAUCUUCAGAAAGAAAGGAUCCCAGACCAGUGGAAGACCUCGCGAACCGUUCUUAUCCAUAAGAAGGUGACCGAGAGGCCUUCGGAACUACCGUCCGAUAUGCUUGCUGAGCGUGUUAUACAAAGUAUUCACCAAGAUCAUCCUCACACGCAUAUCUAG